AUGCGCGCGGUAGCAGCUGCGGGCUUGGCCCUGUGCACAGCCACUGUUGUCUUGAUGGUGGCCGUGGACGUGCAUGGCCAAACCACGCUGUUGAACCUCCUUCAAGCGCGUGAACAGGAAGUGGAACAGCUUGCAACGGCUCUUCGUGGAUUGUACGACGACGCUUACUGCGGCUCGGCAAGCUGCGCGUCGGAUGUGGCGGCAUGUGAGUCUGAGCUCCUAACAUCAACCUGCGCCUCAACGUUUGGCGGCUGCCGCUCAAAGACGGAGAACCGCCGCCUGGACUUUUCCAGCUCGGUCAUGCGCACUGCCUCCACGCCGUUUGACGAUGAUGUGCGUCAGGAAGCGUGCUGGACCCGCCAGCUCGACAACACCUUCAUCUCCAUCAACGGUGGCACGUCGGAGAACACAGAUACGGCCACCAAAUGGCAGUACGUCGGAACCAGCAGUGGCUUCUACCGUAUUUACCCCGGCGUCCCACAGCAAGACUGCAACGCAUACGACCCACGCCUGCGGCCGUGGUAUGUGGCCGCGACGAGCGGGCCAAAGGACAUUGUGAUUGUGCUUGACCGGUCUGGAUCCAUGGCGACGAACAACCGCUGGGAGACAGCCAUGGACGCAGCAGAAACUGUUCUCGAGACGCUCACCAUUGCAGACUUUGUCGCCAUCGUCGUCUUUGACACCUCCGCCAGCCAGGUGUGUGGCACCACCAUUCCAUGCGGCUCGCUGGUCCAGGCCACCGCAGACAACGUGGGCACGCUCCGCACGCUCCUUGCCAACUUCAACCCAGACGGCAGCACCAACUUUGAGUCUGCAUUCCAGGUCGCCUUCAGCGUGCUGAAACAGACGGGCGAGCGCACGUCCAACUGCCACACGGCCAUCCUCUUCAUGACUGACGGCAUGAUCACGGCCGGCCUGGAGGGCAACGCGUUCCUCGACUUUGUGGACGAUGAGCAAGAUGCGCUGGAGGCCGCUGUUGGCAAGCGCGCCGUGCUGUUCACGUUCUCGUUUGGCACCGGCGCUGACGAGACGAUUCCAAAGGCACUCGCCUGCAACCACAAUGGCACGUGGUCGCCUGUGGAGUACAACAUCAACCUCCGCCAGCAGAUGGGCAACUACUACGACUACUUUGCGUCGCUGCGCGCCACCACCUCAUCCCCCGUUGUCUGGGUCGAGCCCUACGAGGAUGCUUCCGGCGCUGGCGUGCUGACGACGGCGUCCAAGGCCGUGUACGACACGCGCUUCUCCCCCGCGCGGCUGAUUGGCGUCAUUGGCAUUGACAUCCUCGCCUCCGACCUGCAGGAUGUUGCUGUCGACUACGAGGACUUGCUCGAUGCGCUCGUGCAGCGCUCAAACACGUGCCCGACCAUCACCCUCGACCGGUGCGAGCUUGGCGCCAUCCGCACCACAGACUACUCGACGAGCGGGUUCCCAUCGCAGUACACGGAGAACGACCGCCUGUGCGACGCGGAUGAGCUGGACGGGUGUUCCACCACCACCAACCUGCCGUGUGUCGACGACAACAACAUCUACACGCCGCCAAGCAUCCCAGCAACGGAAGAGACGCACUCCCAUUUUGGCAACAGCCGCUCCUCAUACACAGACGAGGCGUGCCGCAGCUGCUCCAAGUCGGUGUCCAGCGGCGCUGAACACACGCGCGUCUCUGCCGUCGUCGUCGUUGCCGCUCUCAUCGCGCUCUCCAUGCUCGCUUUCUAA